AAUUUUCUUGAUUUGGAUUGAAUUUAUUAUCUAUCUCCGCUUAUUACCAUAUAUUGGUGUUUUUAUUUAUCAUUUCGCAAUUAUUUUCAAAUCUUUAAUUCCAUUUUUUUUGUUGACAUUUAUUGUAAUAUUAGCAUUUGCACAUACAAUGUUUGUAUUACUCAGAAAUCCAGUAGAUAUUAAAACCAAUAAUUCUACAUAUAGUGGAAGUGCUACAAAUUCUUUAACAAAUGAGAUUUUAUUUAAUAUUGAACUUAAACAAGAUUUUGAUCUCAAUUCUAGUGAUAAUCCAUUUACAACAUUUUCUAAAUCAAUAUUGGCUGCAUAUUUUUGGAUUAAUGGUAAUUGGAUUCAAAGAGAUGAAUUUGAUUUUUGGGUUGUUGAUUUAUAUACUUUUAUUGCAAGUAUAUUUCUUGUAAUAGUUUUGCAAAACAUGUUAAUUGCUUUUAUGAGUGAUGAAUAUGAAGCUGUAAAAGAGAAAAGUAGACAAAUUUUACUAAAAUAUAAGGCAAAUCGCAUAGCAGAUUAUGAAGCAUUAAAUCAUGUUCAUUUGUUUUCAAAUCCUGAAUCUCAACCAAAAUAUAUAUUUUAUCAUGGUCUUCCUGAAAGUUAUGAAAAAUGGUAUAAUAUAAGAAAAGAUGAUAGUAAAAGUGUUAUUUAUGAUAAUACAAAAGAAUUUGAUUUUGAAAAAUUUAAG